AUGGCAGUUUCAUCUUAUUACCUUCUCAUCUUACAGUUGCUCUUGUCCGCCGUCGGUUCAACUCCUCCGGAGGAACCCUUCACGUGUGUCUCCGCCAACACCAACUGCACGGUUACGAACGCGUACGGCACGUUCCCCGACCGAUCCGUGUGUCGAGCCGCCAAGGUGGUGUAUCCGACAAACGAGGUUGAGCUAGUAACGGCCGUAGCCGAAGCUACAAGAAUCCGUCAGAAGAUGCGUGUUGUCACACGCUUCGGACACAGCAUCCCGAAGCUGGCGUGCACCGACGGGGAAGACGGCCUCCUCAUAAGCACCAAGUUCCUGAACCGUACAGUGAGUGUGGACCCAAACGCCUUGACAAUGACGGCGGAGAGCGGUCUUUCUCUGCGACAGUUCAUACGGGACGCUGCCGCGGUGGGAAUGGCAUUACCAUGCGGCCCGUACUGGUGGGGGUCGACGGUCGGCGGUCUGUUAGCAACCGGGUCCCACGGAAGCACGUUGCGAGUGAAUGGCAGUGGGAUCCACGAUUACGUGACCGAGAUUCGGCUGAUUAGCCCUGGCACGGUUGGUGAAGGGUUCGUAAAGGUUAGGGUUCUUAAUUAUGAGAACUACUAUCCUCCGAUGGACUUUAACGCUGUCAUGGUUUCGCUCGGUGUUCUUGGUGUCAUCUCUCAG